AUGGCAACUGUCCUGGAGAAGCUUGAGGUGUCGCAUGAGGGCGGCUCGCUGCCGAACAGAUGGAUCAACAGCGACAUCAAGCCCAUCGAGGCCGACCGCCGCACCUGGUCCGUCUGGACCUUCACCAACUACUGGGUGCUCAUCAACUCCAAUAUCUCCACCUACAUGACUGGUAGCUCGCUCAUCGGCCUGGGCUUGACCUGGUGGCAGGCAAUCAUUUCCAUUGUCAUUGGAAAUCUGCUGGCCACCGUCUUCGUCGUCCUCAAUUCCCUCCCCGGCGCCUACUACCAUAUUGGGUUUCCCGUCGUCAAUCGCUAUGUCUGGGGUUUGUACGGGAGUCAGUUUGUGAUCUGGAACCGCAUUCUGCUUUCUAUUGGCGCCUUCAAUCGCCAAUUACCUGACCUUCUCUCCCUUCUUCUUAGGUACGGAUUCCAAGCCUAUAUUGGAGGCCAAUGCGUGUAUGUCUGUCUUUUCGCCAUCUGGCCAUCUCUCGAAACUCGCAUACCCAACACCAUGUCAGCAUCUACCGGUAUUACUACUGCUGAAUUUGUGUCGUAUAUCGUCUUCAUGGUCCUUUCGUUACCCGCCGUUUAUAUUCGACCACACAAGCUGCGAGUGUUUUUCAACGUGUCCUCGUCUAUCAUCCUCGUUUUCGAGUUCGUACUGCUGAUCUGGGCUUUAGCCACCAUGGGACCAGCAGGCUUCGGAAGCACUAUCACCGACGAGGCCAAGAUUCCUAAAGGAGAAAUGGGUUGGACAGUGGUGUUCGGAAUUAUCAGCACUAUCGGUGCUAUCUCUGCCGGCAUCCUCAAUCAGAACGAUUACGCCAGGUUCGCCCGCAAGCCGCGACACGCUAUUAUUGGCCAAGCAGUCAGCUUUCCAAUUUGUGCCAUUUUAUGCUCGGUGAUCGGGGUUCUUGUCACAGCUGCAACGCAGAAUCGCUUUGGCGAGGCUCAUUGGAAUCUACCGAAACUGCUGCUGGCCGUUAUAAAAAAUGGCGGCUCGCGGUCCCGAGCAGCUGCAUUCUUUGCUGGAUUUGCUCUCAUUGUAUCCCAGAUGGGUGUGAAUGUCCCUGGAAACGCUCUUUCAGGAGGCUUCGAUUUUGCCGCUACUUUCCCAAAAUACAUCAAUAUCCGCAGGGGAGCAUAUUUGACUGUUCUCUUGUCCAUUGCAUGCAACCCGUGGAAGCUCGUAUCCACAGCAACGAUUUUUCUCACCGUCAUGAGUAGCUAUGCUGUGUUCUUGGGGCCGAUGACGGGCUUGAUGAUUUCAUCAUGGUUCGUGGUUAAUCGGCGUAAGAUCAAGGUUGAAGAUCUAUACACUGGAAGCCGUGAUAGUAUCUAUUGGUGCACAAUGGGUGUUGACUGGCGCGCCCUAAUUGCUUGGCUCUGCGGCACUGUACCGUCUCUCCCGGGGUUUGUAGCGGAGGUUAAUUCAAGUGUUACUGUACCAAUAGGCUUAGUGCGCCUAUACCAGAUUUGCUUUUUGAGCGGGUUUGCAAUCAGCGCGUUUGUCUAUUGUGUCUUGCAUUUCCUGGUCCCUGUGCAGGCAAUCAAGCACUUUGUUGCAAAUUCCCCUGCAGCCGACGAUCUUAUUCGGGAGUAUCGCGAGGCAUGCGAUAGCGGGGCUGAUUAUAAAGGUGGAGUGAUUCAUGUCAGUGAUACCAAAGUCGGUUAA